UAGUUAUAAACAGUUGUUUUACUGUUUUUAGCAGGAGCUAGCUAAGCGUAACUCAGCCAUAGAGAUGCUCAAUUAGGGGGUCAAUAUCAACCGUUGGAUUUGAGUUAGCGUAGGAUUCUCAGUUGAUGACACGUGCUCCUACCAUCUUCCCUUUACCACUUCCUUUUAGCUUUUGCUUCCAUGCAUGGAUUUCUCCUCCUAAUUCCCAAUAUAGUCUUGUAAGAGAGAGAGAGAGAGAGAUAUUAAACUGCUUAUAACUCUUCAGAUUUUUUUCCUCUCUUUUUAGCUUGUUCAUCUUUCUAAAUAGCACUACUAGCUAAAGUAAGAAAUAGAGAGAUCUUGUUAUUGAUCAAAACUUCAUUCUUUGAGCUAAAAAUUCAGAAUCUGAAUUCCCACUUCAGAUUUCAGCUUCUUACCUGGUUUAUAAUUGGUUCUGUUUUCUUUUUUCUUGGUUUUUUCUGUAUCAUUAUUUUGUUAGUUUAGUAGGAUGGUACACAAAGUUCAAGAAUAUUACUAGUUAAAGUAGGGUUUUUUUUUUUCUUGAUCAUCUGAUCAAAUUCUUGAAUCUUGAAUUUUCAUUGAUCAAUUCAAUGGCAGAAGAUCAAGAAGUACUGAAGCAUGUGUGCAAGUUCUGCAACAAAAGUCUCCCUAGUGGUAGAUCCUUAGGGGGUCACAUAAGGUCUCAUUUGAUCAAUUCACCAUUUGAUCACACUAAUAAAAAGCAUAAUGGUGGAAGCAGUGCUAAUUGCAACAUAAUUAUUGAAGCAGGUAGUACUCCAACUGCUGAUUAUGGUCUGAGAGAGAAUCCCAAGAAGACUUCAAAGUUUGAUACUUUGCUUCCCAAUCAGAACAAGUUCUGCAAGGAAUGUGGAAAAAGUUUCCAAUCUUGGAAAGCAUUAUUUGGCCACAUGAAGUGCCACUCAGAUAAAGUAUCAUCUAUGAACAGUACACUGGAAGAAGAAUCUUGGCACAAUGAGCCUAAUUAUGCAAUUUGUCACAAGCAGGUCAUGGAUAGCCAAUCUGACAGUACUGAAACAGCAGCUCCAAAUAAGAAGAAGAGAUCAUUAAGAAAGAUCAAAAGGUACAUGUCAGUUACAACUUCUCCAUGUGUCACUGAGAUUGAGCAAGAAGAAGAAGAAGUUGCCAUGAGUUUGAUCAUUCUUUCAAGGGAUCCAGGAAAUUGGACUGGUCUAAAUCCUUUUACUAAAUUUUCUACCAAUAAAGAUGGUGAAUUGGUCAAGCUGAAGAAAGUCAAAAAUGGGAAGCCAGAGCAAGGUCAAAUCUCAAAGUCUAGGAUUCGAAGAAAUGUGUACAAAAUGGACAAAUCAGAGGUUCCAGAUGACAAGCAAAACAAGAUCAAAGGGGAUAAAGUAAAUAGAAUUGAAGAGUCUGAAAUUGAAGUUCCCAACAAGUUAGUCAAAGGGAGUGGAUUAGUUAACUCAGAGAGCUGCAGCAAGAGAAGAAACUUUGAAAUGAAUGAGUGUGAUUUCAAUGUAGAUAGCAACACAAAAAAGAAGAUCAAAUUCCAAUGUACUAAUUGCAACAAGAGCUUUCACUCUUACCAAGCUCUUGGAGGUCACAAAGCAAGCCACAAAAGGACUAAUAAAGGCUGCGAAAAAGUCGUUAUUGAUAUUGAGCAUUUGCAGAAUCAAGCCGCUGAUAGCAAACUCACAAAGAGCAGUUGCAGUGACAGUAGUACAAUUGAUGAAUUUGGUGAAAAAGUUGAGAAGCUAAAGGGGUAUGAGUGUCCAAUUUGCUUCAAGAUUUUCCAAUCAGGCCAAGCUUUAGGUGGUCACAAGAGAUCCCAUUUGAUUACUGAGUCCAAAAGCAACAACAACAAAGAUAUUAUAAUACAGAAACCAACAGAAGAAAUCAGAGACUUGUUGGAUCUCAACUUGCCUGCUCCAGUUGAAGAAGAAAGCAGUGAACAUGUUGAGUUCCAACCAUGGUGGAUAGGAAGUUGCCACAAGCAUGAACAACUACUAGGCCUAAUUUCUAACUGAUCCUGGUUUCACUAUUGGUUUUCAAUUAAUCAUUCGUCCAAUAUUCACAAGUGUGUAGAUUCAAUUAAUUCUUUACAUAAUUGAAGUGUUCAAUUCACUACACCAAGAUAAUGCUUUUGGCUCCUUGAGCCACUAAGCACUCUCUUUUACAUAUGCUAUUUCUUUUUUGUCGAGUCCUGCCUUGAUUUCUGAUUGGAUGA